AUGAAGUUAAGCCAAAUCAUUUCACUAUCGCUCAUACCAACGUUGUAUGUGCUGUUUGUGUUAUUGUUGGAAUUCGUGGAAGAUGCUGUGGCACAAAAUCCUGACCCACUUUUCCAGCUGCCCGUGCAGUUGGUGGGCUUUCCGGUUAUCGUUUUGUCCGUACGCUUAUCGCAAUUCGCCAAAAAGCUGGCCUACUCGUUGAAUCCAAAUACCUAUCGUGCGCGCAGCAAACGUGAUGCCACUACAUCGGCCGCUUACGAUGCUGAAUUGGCACAAAAAGAGAUCUUACGUGAGUUUGGACCACGCGCUUGCAUAUUGGAGGAACCUUGCCGGCUGCAUGCUUCACGGCCAGGUCGUUUCGGUGCGCAACAGCAUCCAGCAUGGAAUGAGAUUUUGAGAAACUACAGAGUUCAAUCAACCGGCAUGAAACAAUGGUACCUGCUCUCACUCUUCAUCGGCGAUGCCGUGCGCGAUGUGCCACUCUGCCGGCACCUGGCCAAGCGGCUGCCAUGUCCAGGCGUUGGACCAUUGCCGCCACCACAGCCACGUUAA